AUUGUAUACUCCAAAUCGAAACUUUCCCAAUUCUUCAUCUGACUCCGUGGUCGCUUCGUCUUCGAUUGACUAGGGUUCUCUCUACGCGUCUAUCUAGGAGUUCGCUCGCUGGGGUUCUCUCCGAUUGAUUCCGCUGUUCAUCCAUUACUAAUUUCCGGAUUAGAGGUCGAUGGUCGGAUUCAAUAGCCCCUAGGUUACCUUUAGAACGCGCAAUCGAUUUGAAGGGUAUAUUUCUCAACCUCGAAUCGCUCUUCGAGUUUUGGUUUAUACUGCAAGAUUCGUUGAAAAUUUGACCAUCUUUUGUGGGGUUUACUUAUUUCUUUGUUCACAUCGCGAUUCUUUUCGCGAUCUGAAAAUUAUUUGAUUUAGGGUUCCGACUUGUAUUUUUUGGCCGACUUUGGGCUGUUCUUAUUUUCAAAAUUGGGGUUUAGGGUUUUCUUUUGGAAUUAUUGGGCGUCGCUGGGUAGGGUUUGGUAUUUUAAUGGCAGCGGGGAGGAUGGGGGGUUAUCGCGACUACGAUUUGAAGGACCGGGAUUCCAGUUUUGAUGUUUCAGGAGUCAAUUCGAAAGAAGAAUAUGAACGUGGGCGGCGUGGUAACCGUGAAACCAGCAAGAGUCGAGUUGGGGAUGCUAGAGACAGAAUUAGGGUCAGGCAAAAGGAUAUCAAGGAGAGGGAAGUGAGCAAUGGUAGUUUACGAUCUUCAAGUAGGAGUGACUCUGGCAGCAGUGGUGGGAUUGCCUCUCACGGAAUCAAGCAAAGUGUUUUCAUUGUUAGGACAAUGGAUAGGGAGCCAGGUGAGUUAUCGAGUGAGAGUGGUUCUGAGGAUGCCACUGAGUCCGGAUUAAGAUUCAAAGGUAGCGAAUUAUCAAUUGUUGUGGAGAAUGGGAUUCAUUCUCCACUAGAGAAGAAGAGGAAGUUCUCGCCAAUUGUUUGGGACAGAGACGAUAAGGAAGAGAUUGUUUCCACAAGAAAUAAGGUUGCCAAGGUUGUGACAACUUCAUCUUUACCCUCUCCUAAGGAGCAGCAGCAAUCUUCUAAUGUAAUGUCAGAUAAUCUUGAUGCCAUACCCACAGUUAGAGAUAAUGAUUCCCAAGAUUUGCAACCAUCCUCUCUUGUUGAACCUUCUGUGGCCCUUGGAUCAGAUGAAUUCUCCGUGACUGACUCACCAAUGAUGCCGUCUUCUGCUUCACUUAGGAAACCAUGGCAGAAUGAUCUUGAAGUAGAAAAUCUCGGGGAUGAUGAUUAUGUUCCCACUAGAAACAUUUCAUCCUCUAGAUGGGCUGCUGGAAAUAAUUCUCCUGGUGAUGAAGGUGAAAUUUUCGACAACGAGCAAAUGCCCAAAAGGCGUAAGACAAUACCAAUGUCCGAAUCCUUGGAGGGCAUGGGAAUACAAAGAAAAUCAUUAACUCCUGAGAUCGGAGAGAUAAUGAGACAAGGCUCCGAAGCAGGGACAAGAUCAUCUGAAUCUACUGAACGUGGUGACCGGUCUCGAUCAUCAAGUGGGAACCAUUACCUUGGUAAUGAUUUUGAGAAGGAUGAAGGUAUGGAUCUUGGUGAUGAAAUUCAUAGAAUGGAUACAAGCAGUAGUCGGUUAGAUACUGAUUCUGAAGAUGAGACAGAAUCUCCCGAGAAAGCAGAGCCUAGUCCCCCUCCCCAACGAAGUGUAAAUAUGCUUCAAGGCUGCAGAAGUGUUGAUGAAUUUGAAAGACUGAACAAGAUUGAUGAAGGAACUUAUGGUGUUGUAUAUAGAGCCAGAGACAAAAAGUCGGGGGAAAUUGUUGCAUUGAAGAAGGUAAAAAUGGAAAAGGAACGAGAAGGUUUUCCCAUGACUUCUUUAAGGGAAAUAAACAUUCUCCUUUCUUUUCAUCACCCUUCAAUUGUUGACGUAAAAGAAGUGGUAGUGGGCAGUAGUCUUGAUAGCAUUUUUAUGGUAAUGGAGUACAUGGAGCAUGAUCUAAAAGCACUCAUGGAGACAAUGAAGCAGCCAUUUAGUCAAAGUGAAGUCAAAUGUUUGAUGCUUCAGUUACUGGAGGGUGUUAAAUAUCUUCAUGAUAAUUGGGUGCUUCAUAGGGACUUGAAAACAUCAAAUUUACUAUUGAAUAAUCAGGGAGAGUUGAAGAUCUGUGAUUUUGGAUUAGCUCGACAAUAUGGGAGCCCCUUGAAAACAUAUACGCAUAUGGUUGUUACUCUUUGGUAUAGGGCACCUGAACUUCUAUUGGGAGCAAGACAGUAUUCAACAGCUAUUGAUAUGUGGUCAUUGGGUUGUAUUAUGGCUGAAUUAUUAUCAAAGCAACCACUUUUUAAUGGAAAAACCGAAGUUGACCAACUUGACAAGAUAUUCCGAACUCUAGGCACACCGAAUGAAACAAUUUGGCCUGGGUUUUCCAAGCUUCCAGGAGUAAGGGUCAACUUUGUCAAGCACCAGUACAACUUGCUGCGUAAGAAAUUCCCAGCCACAUCGUUUACCGGUUCACCAGUUCUUUCCGAUUCAGGAUUUGAUUUGUUGAACAAACUUUUAACUUAUGAUCCUGAGAAGAGAAUUACAGCUGAGGCUGCUCUUAAUCAUGAAUGGUUCUCUGAAGUUCCUCUUCCGAAGUCUAAAGAGUUCAUGCCUACUUUUCCUGCUCAGCAUGCUCAGGACAGGCGUUUGCGGAGAGUAAUGAAGAGUCCCGACCCCUUAGAAGAGCAACGCAGAAAGGAGUUGCAGCAAGGGGAACUGGGAACAUCUGGCUUGUUUGGCUAAGAGAAGCUGUCUCUGGUAAUUUGGGUGAGGUUGCCCUGAAGUUAUUUCUUCAAUAACACUCACUAUUGGACCUGAUUGAGGUGAGGGAAGAAGGCUGUGAAUCUUGUUUGACAGAUGAUUACUAGUGCUCUUUUAGCAGGGCAUUAAUGGUUAUUUGGUUGAAGACAUGUAUUUUUCUUUUUUGGCUUCUGUCAAGAAGGUCUAUUGCAGCUCGACAUCUUUUCUUCUCCUCUGGUCAUCAUAUAGAAAAUGCUUCAGUGACACGGCUUGCACGGCAAGGUGUGGAAUAUUGUUUACUUGAAAAUCAGAUUCUUCAGAAAUUAAUUGUGUAACAUAUUCCUAUUGAGAAUUAGGCUAUUGGCCUUCAAUUUUAUUUUAAGAAUUAGAUUACCAUGGAUUUACUACUGCCUACAUAAUUCAAAUAUAUCUCCUUUUAAUAUUUGAAUUGUGUUUGCAAGAGGUGGUUGUUGGAAGGGGAGGGCGGUCUUUGCUUCUCGUUGACGAAGAAUAUGACCGUAACGAUAGUUUUUCAAAGUGAUGGUCAUAUUCACUACCGUGCUUAGCCUAAAUAGUUGGGUUUGCCGGGUAGGAUUCUAUUUUUAAGCCUGUUUUUGUUUAUUUUUUUUCCCAUAAUUUUCAAAUUGUUCUAAGUUCUAUCAGAUGGUGCAUUUAGAUAUUUUCAUUUAAAAUAUUAGCUGGACGAUUGAUUUUCUUGCAACAAGUUUUUUUCUGGGUUCUAUAGUUUGGACGGUUGAUGGUUUUACAUGAAAGUGAGAAAUGGAGCCCAUUUUUAAUAUGGGGAGCUAACUUCUUAUAUUUAGUGCUUGUUGUUGGUGAUUUAAGUGACUAUUUCUUUUGGAUAUGUUAAGUUCCGAUCACUGCUGGCACUGAUGGACGCAAAUUUCAUCAUCAAAAGAACUCAUUGGGAUCAUGUACAUAUCUUUGGCACCAAUCUUCCCAAUCACGUUCCUGCCUCCAAAUUGUUGACCCAGGCUUCCAGUAAUUAUCACCGAAAUUUCUAACAGUUAGAUUUAAAGAAAAGAUCAUAAAAAUGACUCAUGUGGAUAAACAGCUCGAUUUAUGCAGCUAAAGGUCUAUAUCCAUAAUGAGUAUCAAAGCUAGCAGGUUGAGGAGCUCACCUGCAUUACUCUGGAAGUUAUUAACUUAGUUGUUGAUUCGCACACUUGAGGCGAACACGAAGGUGCUGUUUGGUCUUGGUGAAUAAUAUCUGUAGACCGAUCUCAAAUGCAUAUGUUCGUGUUAAAAAAAUGGUUCCCAUUUUGUAAUGGAAAGAGGUUUCUGAACACAGGAUUAUGGGAUCUUUUAUCUUCGUCAUGUUACAUCUCUCUCAGUUGAGUAAAAUUGAUGUAUUCGAUUGGGUUCAUGAAUGAUAUUAAUUCAAUAUACUCUUAACUGUUCUUAUGAA